AUGUCUUCCAACUCUUUCUUCCUUCCUCUGGCUCCCACCACCUCUGCUUCCUACCCCCGAGCACCAGCCAGCCGUACCUCCCCUCGCGUAGUUGCGGCAGAUAUGGCCCCUGCUCCAGAGCCAGUUCGUCGACGAUCCUCCAGCUCCAGCAGCGGCGGCUUCAGAGUCCUCAAGCUCAGCCCAGUGCAUUGGGGCGAGCACCUUGAUGACCACAAGGAGGACUUUCACGAGGCUACAACUGUGUAA